AUGGAAAAACCGAGUCUCGUAAGACAAUCCUAUUCGACAAGGGCUUCUGUCCAUCCAAGUCCACUGGCCCAGCGAUUACUCAAACUGAUGGACCAGAAACAGUCCAACCUGUGUGUCUCUGUCGACGUGACCAAUAAGGCUUCCUUCCUCAGAAUUGUUGAAGCCGUCGGGGAUCAUGUGUGCAUGAUUAAGACUCAUAUCGAUAUCAUUGAAGACUUCGACCAAGACCUCAUACACAAAUUGGUCGAGAUUAGUAACAGAAAACAAUUCAUGAUCUUUGAGGACCGAAAAUUUGCUGAUAUUGGAAAUACGGUGAAAUAUCAGUACUCAUCUGGAAUUUACAAGAUUGCUGAAUGGUCAGAUAUAACGAAUGCGCACACUGUGCCAGGAGAGGGAGUAAUCAGUGGAUUAGCACAAGUUGGGAUACCAAAAGGGAGGGGGCUAUUACUUUUAGCGGAGAUGUCGAGCCAGGGGACGUUAGCAAAAGACUCAUAUACAGUCGAGACGGUCCAGAUGGCCCGAAAACAUCGCGACUUUGUGAUCGGCUUCAUCUCUCAACGAAGGCUCGAAGGCGUCGGAGCCGAUACCCACACUAAUGAAGCUCAGAGCGCGUCGCAGGAGGAUUUCUUGGUGCUCUCGCCCGGUGUAGGACUCGAUGUGACUGGCGACCAACUCGGACAGAAUUAUCGCUCCCCUCACCAAGUCAUCUAUGAAAGUGGAGCAGACGUAAUCAUUGUGGGCCGAGGAAUCUAUGGCCAACAAGAUAAGUCCGGUGAUUCUGAUCAAGCUAUCAUCUCCCAAGCUAUACGAUACAAACAAGCCGGCUGGGAGGCUUACAUCAAUCGACAAGCUUUGGCUAUUUGA